UUUAGUUGAUCGAAACGGCUUCUCAACUUUAAUGCAAGUUAAUACUACACUAUACCAGACUCUUUCAGCAUAAUAGCAAAAGAUUCCUAGGAAUCCAAGACUCCAAGAAAAAGGUAGCAAGCUCGAAUAUGCCGAAAAAAUUCAUGAACAGCAACAUGACUCCUGAACAGGAACUUAACGCACGCCAUGGGAUGAAACUUUACUAGUGCCAUUUAAGACCAUGUUCUCCAAGGACAGCAACGUAAUUAAAAAAGAGAAUUUUCCUACCAGUCAACGACCGUUUCAAAGAAAGAAGAUAACAAAACUCAUCAGUUUAUAAACACAGGAUAUAUUAUCAUGGCAAGUAACAGCUUUCCUGUGGCUGUGAUUGGCAUGGCUAUAAAGCUGCCCGGGGCCGAGUCAUGUGACGAAUAUUGGAAGCUGAUUAUGGAGGGUCAAGAUACAGUGGGGGAAUUCCCCUCUGAACGAGAAGCCGACAUAAGCCACGUCCUUCCGUCUUUUCAAAGUCACCUUUUAGAUGAAGGUAAACCCUUUUUCACGGGUUCUUUUUUCAAGUCAGUUGACGGAUUCGACGCCGACCUGUUUCAAAUAAACCCUAAAGAGGCAAUGUUCAUCGAGCCACAACAACGAUUCUUUUUAGAAACUGCGUGGAAGCUGAUGGAAGAUGCCGGUUAUGCCUCAAGUAUCAGGGGAUCGAAGACUGGUGUGUAUGUUGGUAAUACUGUAAAUAAAUACAAACUUGUACUUACUGAGAACCAUCCAAGUAUUUCUCAUGGAAACCAUUCCCCUUUUGUCUCUGCGAGAGUUUCGUACACGCUAGAUCUUUCCGGUCCUGCAAUGAUGGUUGCCACUGGUUGCUCCUCGUCUCUCCUUGCAGUUCACUUGGCUUGUCAAGGACUUUUAUCUGGUGACUGCGACAUGGCAAUUGCUGGAGGCAUUACUAUCGAUCUUCUCCCAGUCAGUACGAAGACGGAUAUCUGGAACCAACUCGGCAUUACUGGGCCAAACGUCAAGUGUAGAGCGUUCGACGCAUGCGCCAAAGGUAUUGCUAAAGGAGAGGGAUGUGGAGCUGUACUACUAAAACCAUUAGAGAAAGCUUUAUCUGAUGGUGACCAUGUAUACGGAAUUUUACAAGCAACAACAGCGAAUCAAGAUGGCCAUUCGAAUGGCAUAACUGCCCCUCAUCCGGUAGCACAAGCCAAUUUGCUACAUAUAGCAUGGGAGCUUGCCGACAUAUGUCCUGACAAACUUGGAUACUUUGAGGCUCAUGGAACAGGGACUGAAUUGGGUGACCCAAUAGAAAUAUCUGGAAUUACUAAAGCCUUUAAGAUGUCUGGAGUAAACUUUGGGAGCGAAACCAAUAGCGGAAAGAUUCCAAAGAUCCCAAUUGGGUCUGUUAAAGCAAACAUUGGUCAUUUAGCUGAUGGUGCGGCUGGCGUAGUAGCAUUGAUAAAGACACUACUUUGUAUGAAUCAUGAUAAAAUACCACCUGCAGCUAACUUUUUAAAACCCAACCCGCAUAUAAACUGGCAGAAAGCUCCUGUCUAUGUUAAUACCUCUCCGUUAGAUUGGAAGCCAAAUGCUGAUAAGUCACCUCGCUUCGCAAGUGUUAGUGCCUUUGGACUUUUGGGCACUAAUGUCCAUGCGGUUGUUAAGGAACAUGUCUUAUGCGAAUCUGCUACUAUAGACUAUGCAAUGGCAAAUAGCAAACAUUGUACAAUACUAGUGCUAGCUGCAGCGUCCAAAAAGUCACUCCUAGCUUUUGUACGACGUAUGAUAGAGUAUUUUCAAAGUUCAGACAACCAAAGCUUGAAACACCUACAGAAUGUUUGCUUUACAAUUAACACCGGCAGAGAGCAAGACAAAUUUGACGCAAGGGCUAUUGCUUACGGAAAAAACUGGGAUGAAAUGACUCAGGCUUUACAACAUCUUCUUGAAAGUCUUGAUAAAAUUUCCAGCAACGAGAGAAAAAUCAGAGUGAGCGCAGGGUUUAACAGUGAGGAAAACUUCCUUUGUCCCACAAAAAAAGAAGACAGUUGUUCUACCGCAAUAAGGGUGAAAGAAGACUAUUUAAAGGGUAAGGCUAUCCAGUGGAAAAAAGUAUACUCUGGCCAUUCGAGUAUUAGUCUUCAGAAAGUACCCUUCUUGCCAACCUACGCAUUCAAUAAAGUAAGAUACUGGCCAAAGAAAGGAAAACCAAUUAACGAAGACCUCCUGCGUCUUGAGCAGCAUCCAGCACAGUCCGAUGAGGACGAAGAAACUAAUGGUCACUAUGAUGCCGGCACAAGUCACCAGAAUUCAAAGCAUGCAUCUAACCACUCUCUAGCGUUACCUGGAGUAAAUGUAACCCUGAGAGACGAAUGUCAAAAGCAGACUUCAAAGUCAAACCAAUCAAAAGACGCUGAUUUACUUUUAAGCGAAGCUCUGAACGAGGCCCUUGGCCGGGAAUAUGAUUGGAUGUUGUUGAAAGACGAAAACCUGUUCUCACUUGGUGUUGACUCCUUGAUUUGUACGCAUGUGAACAUGAGGAUCAAAGAUGCACUAGGGCUAAAUGCAGAAGCAUUUACAAUGACUGAUUUUCAUAUGAACUCUUCCUAUGGCAGGCUUCUGAAGGUCAUUCAAGCAAAAAUUAGACCGUCGUCUUCCGAGUCUAACUUCGACACGCGCUCUUCAUUCCCAAAGUUGACCACGUCGAUAAAGGGAUUAUAUCCUUUGUCAUUUGCUCAGAAAAGGCUUUGGGUGAUGCAGGAAAUAGUAACAAAUCCUUGUGCUUACAAUGCAACAAACUCUUUGUACAUAACUGGACAGUUUCACCCUUCAGCUUUUGUACUGUCAGCGAACACUGUUUUAUCUCGUCAUGGAGCAUUUUUUACGGUUUUUGCUAACACUCCAAAUGGCCUUUUUCAGACGCAUAACUGGAAUCAGCUAGUGAAGGUUGUUGAACUAGACUAUCGAUCCUCGGGAGACAUAUCAGAAGACCGAGCAAUGAAACAAUAUGAAGGGGAUUACAAGACUCCCUUUGAUCUAGAACAGGGACCUUUGGUGAGAUGCAAGCUAUACUAUCUUUCUAAAGACAAGUACCUUUUCACGAUGGUUGUUCAUCACAUAAUUUUUGACGGAUGGUCCCAUUUUAACUUUUACAAUGAAUUGUGGCAUACAUACAGAAAUGCGUGUGACGGCGUGGUAGAGCAAAAACCAAUCCACAAGCCUCUUUAUGUGGAGCUCGUUAGUGAAGAGCAAAAAGAGGUAACGUCCGGUUCUUCAAGGAUUGUAACAGACCUCGCAUACUGGAAGCAGAAACUUUGUGGACCGUUGCCACUAACAACACUCCCAGGCGACAAAAGAAGACCUCCAGUGUUUUCAUACAAUGGCGGAAGAAUCACACGUUUUAUUGGUAACGAUGUUCUCAGUACUUUAGUGCAGCUUACAGGUGAUGAAUACACGAUGUUCAUGGCUCUUAUAGCAACCGUAUUUUCCUUGUUACAUCAGUACACAGGAGAAAACGAUUUGAUUAUUGGAACUCCAGUGGCAGGACGGUAUGACACCAAAACUAAGGAUGUCAUAGGAUGCUUCGUUAAUACACUUGUUUUAAGACUGCAACUAAAGGGUGACAUGAGUUUCAAUGAAAUUCUUGAAUCAGUUUCUAAGGUCUGUUUAGACGCCUACGAUCACCAGCAUGCACCGUUCGAUCUUCUGGUCAGCGAACUGAGUCUUCCAAGAGACACCAGCAUCACACCCAUAUUUAGUGUCAAUGUAUGUUACCACAACACUGAAGUAAAGGCCGAACAUGUGCCACCGCCAAGUGAACUUCAUAUUGAAAGAAAACUACUACACAAUAACUCUUCAAAGUGGGACAUGCAGUUCGAUUUUCUACAUGAACAAGAGGGAAUGCGAUUCACUCUCGAGUAUUACAGUGAUGUAUACUCAACAGAUUAUGCAGUGUGUGUUGCUGAUAACUUCGUUAGCCUAAUCAGUCGUGUGGUAAGAGAGCCUUCUGCCCCAAUUUCAAGAGUCAAGCCAGUAUCUGAAGUUUCUAACGGACUAACUCCUGACAUGUGCGUACUUCAUGGAACGACCAGGAAUAUUGGAAACAAGGCACUCCCAAAUCUACUAAUUGAAAGCCUUUGCCAUUUUGCAGAAGAAAGCUUUAUCAUUGACAUAAAUGGGAAAGGUAUUGCAUACCGUGAGGUAUUGAAGAAAGCUGGAGAGAUUGCUGUUUUCUUAAGACAAAAAUGUGAAAUCCAAAGUCAGUCAAGAAUUGGCCUUCUGCUAAAUAAUUCAUUUGAGUCGCUGGCAUCAAUUCUUGCUUGUAUCUUGUCUGGUCUAGUGUAUGUUCCAUUAAACUGCGACGACCCAAAGCACAGACUGGGACAUAUUUGCAAUGAAUCGCAGUUAAAAGCCAUCAUAUUCAGCAAAUCGAACAUAUCUCUAGCCAAUAACUUGCUUUGGGCCUGCCAGUCCGUGCGUGUGCUUUUCUGUGUGGAUGAGAAAAACUUUGAGGAGCUUUUAGAAAGCCCGCAAGAGGCCCCGUUAAUGAAUAAGGAACUAUGGGACCACACGGCAUAUAACGGUGAGGAUGACAUCGAAGCAGGAGGAUGGAAAAGUUCUUAUACAGGUGACAAUUUGAGCGAAAUGGAGAUGGAUGAAUAUGCUGAAAAUAUUCUAAAGAAACUCAAACAAUACAUCAAGCCCGAUUCAAGAAUUCUAGAAAUUGGUUGCGCCUCGGGUAUAACAACUAAAAAACUUUAUCCUUUUGCUGGACACUAUGUUGCUACAGACAUCUCUCAGGCAAUGACGGAGAGGCUAUCAAAUGCUCUUAAAGGAUCCAAAACCGUGGAGGUCCAUUGUGCCCCUGCACAUCAAGUAGGUCACGUUUUUCAAGGACAGGUAUUUGACGUCAUCAUCCUGAACAGUGUCGUACAUUGUUUCCCAGGGCAUAACUACCUACGCAAAGUCCUUGACUCUUGCGAUAGCCUUCUCCAAGAGAAUGGCAUCAUAUUUGUUGGAGAUAUAAUGGAUCUUGAGAAGAAAGACAAGCUGGUUUGGAAACUUAAGUCUUUUAAAGCCUCUUAUCCUUGGUACAGAACAAAGACGGAAUGGCACAGUGAGCUGUUUCUUUCAAGAGAGUACCUACAACACUUGUGCGACACUUCACAAACACUACGAAGCGUUUGUUUCUCCUCAAAGAUUUUUACUGUUUCAAACGAGUUGACAGAGUUUAGGUACGAUGCAAUCUUUUCGAAAUCCAGCAUAUGCCCUGAGAUCAGUUUGAAGAAAUCAAAGGUGAGAGACGUUACAACUUGCGCUAACAGUGACCUUGCGGAUGCCUUAAAUGAUAAACAAGAUCCAGAUAUCCUUGCUACUUUAACUAAGUGGUCAAGAAAGAUUGACUUUGCAGACGAAGCAUAUGUCCUUUACACUUCUGGAACAACGGGGACACCAAAAGGGGUCAUCAUUGGUCACGAGGCCUUGCUCAAUUAUGUUCAGUGGGCUUCAUCAGCUUAUAAGCUGGAUAAAGGCUCGACAUUGCCCUUAUUCUCACCACUGACCUUUGACUUUACAGUAACAAGUAUCUUUCCUCCUCUACUGAAUGGAAGUACCAUCCGUAUUUUCAAGAGCUUCCAAGAUUCAUAUCAAGACCUUGCCCUGUGCCCUGAAUUAACAACAGUAAAGUUCUCACCACUACAGCUUGACACGGUCUUGUCAGUGACAGACAGACCUCUGAGUGCUUCAAUAUUCAUUGUCGGUGGAGAAGAGUUAACAUCAGAGCUGCUCCAUAAACUCAAACAAAAUAAGGAAAGCGAAAAGUUUGAAGUGUGGAACGAAUACGGUCCAACUGAAGCAACUGUUGGAUGCGUAGCAAAGUGUUUCUGUAGCGACGACCUCCCACUUGAUAAAUCUGAAUAUGUGACCAUUGGCAAACCAAUUGACAACGUAACAAUUGCCUUGACCAGAAACAGGUUUAGUCAUGUUCCAGUUGGUGGAAAAGGCAAACUUUGUAUUGGUGGUAAAUGUCUUUGCCUAGAUUUUGCAGGAACGGGGUCCUCAAAGGAAACCAAGAUAAGCAAAUCCUUCGACGUGGCUUGCUGGGGCGAUCCAGGUGAACUCAUGUUCAUUACAGAUGACAUUGCUAGUGUCAUGCCAGGAUCUAAGGAAAUAGCAUACUACGGGAGAGAAGAGUCCAGCACAACUAAAGUUAAUGGAGUUAGAGUGGAUUUGAUGGAAAUACAACAUGCUAUUGAGAGUCACCACCUUGUUCAAAGCGCGUGGGUAAACAGUUUUACGUAUUCGAAUUACAUGUACCUGGGAGCAGCGGUGAAGCUUAAAUCGACCAGCAUUCUUCACUCAUGCAACACCGAGACUUGGAAACAUGUACUGAUUUCUUCGCUUACCUCGAGCUUGCCAUCAAGAUGCAUUCCAAAAGUUCUGGUUUCUAUUUCCGACCCUCCGACAAAUAGUAAUGGAAAGAAAGAUACAAACCUGUUACAAGGUUUGUUUGAAGCUGAAUUACAGUCAGGGCUGGAGAUCUCCGAUGGCAAUACCUCAGACAUGGGUGGUAUUUCAGCGACUGAUGCAAGCAAACUUCAGGUAUUGUGGCAGAGUAUUUUGCCUGUUAAACGGCUGCCUAAUUUUGACGAGGACUUCUUUUUCGAUCUAUCCGGAGACUCCCUUCAAGCUAUUCACCUUGUCAGAAAAAUGAGAAACGAAGGAUACCAAGUAUCAGUAGGAGAUAUUUUCCAGAACCCCACGAUAAGAAAACUGCUUAAGGCGCUUCAAGGCAAUACUGGUGACCAUAUGCAGAAGCAAUCGAAAAUAAAGGAAGAAGCUCAGAAGUUUAGGCCCACUCCUAUAAUUGAAGAAUUUCUCAAAAGAGAUCACAAGAAUCCUGACCACUUUGCUCUUUCUUCACUUCUACGAUUUGAAAGAAAGCUCAAGCCAAGUGUUUUAAAGGUGGCCUUGAGAAGUGUAAUGGAUAAGCACAGUUCUCUUCGAUCAAGAUUUGAAAUAGUUGAAGGUGUUGCCUUACAGGAGGUGCUAAACCUGCAACCAAAUCAGCCAACAGUUAAAGAAAUCAAGCUCUCGUGUAAAGAAGACCAUCUCAUUGAUGAUCCAGCCUUUCUUAAUUUAUGCCAGAAUCUUGAACAAAGUCACUCUCUUGCUGACGGCAUUUUGCUGAAUGCUGCUAUCAUAGACGUAACAGAGAAAGAAGAUACAGAGUCCACCGAAAAGGCAUGUACCUACUUGUUACUAGUAGUGCAUCACAUUGCCAUAGACAUCGUUUCCUGGCAGCAAGUUUUGGAAGACUUAGCAACAGCUUUAAAAAUGCUGAGUGACAAUGAAGAUCAAGAGCAUGUGAUGUUACAAAAAUGCAUUUUGCCGUUCGCAAGCUUUUGUAAUGCCUUGCACGAACAAGUUUCUGGAAUCUUUGGAGAAGAAAUCACUUACUGGAAAAACAUCGAGGCCGAGUGCGCAGAAUCAGGAUUGCUUAUGAAAGAACAUCGGCAGAGUACAUUCAAAUCUGCCAAGUGGUUAAGCCAUUCAUUUGACGCUGUUACACUUCGAACAAUGUCUACUAGGCUUAAGUGCUCGGAUGAGCAUAUUCUUCUCACCAUUUUAGGAAAGGCGCUAUCAUCUAUUCAUGGAAAAGAUAAGACUGCCAUAGUGUUGGAAAGUCAUGGAAGACAAUUGCCUAAUGCUGAUUCGACCUCUACGGUUGGAUGGUGCACCUCCAUGUUUCCGUUCGUGCUAGAAACCUCACGAAUAGACAACAUACAGAAACAAGUGAAGCAAGUCGAAAAGAAAGUAAAGCAAGUUCCACAUCGUGGCCUUGGCUUUGGAUUACUUCAGGCUGACGGAAAGCUGACGAUUCCUUCGCCCAACAUCAUGUUCGUGUUCCAGGGUUCACUUGAUGCAAGUACGAAACAGAAAUUCGAUGGUGGCAAACACAAGUUCGAACAUGUUCCAUGGAUUGAAGUAAUGCAUACUGAAUUGAUGCAACGACGGUUUCAUCGUCAUCCUGAGGAGAUUUUGCCAUUUGAUUUAGAAGUCAUUGCAUGGGUACAUGGAGGCCAACUCAAAAUUGGCUUUCUGUUCGACACAAAAACCAUUUGUGAAUCGCUGGUGGAAAAUUUAGUGGACCACGCGGAAAAUGACCUCAAAGUGCUUGCAAAGGAGUUGAAUUGUUGCACGAAAUUUAUAACAGCAGAAAUAAUCCCAUUCUUCAACAUAAAUCCAGAUUGUAUACAGACAGCAAAGGAUUCUCUAAUGGAACACGGAAUAAAUGCCGAGAAAUUAUUGGUGUGCCCUCCCGAACAAGCACUUCAGUCAAUGAUCGAGUCUCUAGAUAAGAGUUCUGACAUAACAGUUAUGAUAACCAGACACACUACAGAAAACCAAGCACAAGAGUUCAAGAAGGCCUAUAAAGAGUUCCUUGAAGCAAGAGGUAGUAACAAAGUGAUUAUAAUAAAUGCAGAAAGUCUUCCAAAUUCAGUCAAGUUACCUGUCGAAAAAGUUCAAACGGCUGGAAAUAUUGUGCAGCUUCCAACAACCCUUGGACAAGCAUUUUACGACAAACGUACAGAUUUAGAGUAUAACAUGCCAUUAACCCAGGAAGGUUACUCACAGAUUGGGCUAAUCAUUGCAAGAUCAAUUCGAGCAGGGAUUAAUGGAAACAAAUACAAGGUUAUAGCUGUCGACGCGGAUUACACCUUGUGGGAUGGAGAAUGUGCUUGUGGGUGUGUGAAUAUGAACACAGGAAAUAUUUGUCUUCAAAAGUUUUUACUUAAGAAGAAAAGAGAAGGUUUGCUGCUGGUGAUAUUGAGCAAGAACAGCUAUCAAGAUGUUGUUAAAGUCUUCGAAACACAGAGAGACCAGAUGAUCUUGGGGUUAGACGACAUCGUAGAAAUAGUGGCAAAUUGGAAUUCUAAAGCCGACAACAUACGAACUGUUGCAAACCAGCUGAAUCUGGACCUUAAAUCGUUUGUGUUCAUUGAUGACAAUCCCCUGGAGUGCGAAGAAAUGGUGACCUCUUGCCCAGAGAUACUUACUCUCCAGCUCCCAUCAAAUCCAAAACUUGUAGGAAUUGUCUUAGAUAACCUUUGGAGUUUAGACAACAUGGAUAUAACCAAAGAAUCCUCAGAACGAAGUGAGAUGUACAGAAAUGAGUCGAUAAGGCAAAAAGAAAUGGAUAAAGUAAAGAAAGUAGCUGCAGCUAAGCGCCAAGCUGAAGUAACGAACCUCUUAGCGAAGUGGAAGAUGAAAUUGACAUUUCUCAAGACAAACGUUUUGUCCAUAAAACAAAAUAAAACUCUGCUCAAGAGAGCUGCCGAAUUACUUCACAGAACCAACCAGUUUAAACUAAACGACGUAUUUUCAAAGUUUUCUGAAUUUCAAGAGGAAGAUGCUUGCUGGCUCAUUUCGCUGGAUGACUGCCAUGGUUCUUACGGAAUUGUGAGUGUUUGCGUAAUCGAUAACAGUUCGUUAAACCUAAAGCAAUGGGUUCUUAGUUGUAGAGCACUUGGACGAAUGGUUGAAACCCGUAUCCUGAAAGAGAUACAUGCUUCAUUUAAGGAGGGUCUACAGCUGUCAGUUAAUCGAACAGAACGCAACACUCCAACCAUCAGCUUUUUGGAGACUCUUGGCUGCAGUAUUGGCAAAACUGGUCUAAUAUGUAGUAAUGUUGAAGAUACUCAUCUCUUGCAAACUGCAGAAACUUUGCACACAAUUGAAGUCGGUGCCGACGUAACCUCAUUCACAGAGCAAAUCUACUCGAGCGCCCAAAAAGACAUUCAGCAUAUUGAUGAACAUAUUACGAGUGACAAUCCUUUUGCUUUGCCAACACUAAAGGAUGUCAACUCGGUAAUACACAUGGAAUGGUCAUUGACAAUGAAAGAACAAAGUAGGCGCCACAAUCUAUUCCCUAUCAUUCCAAGUCCAAAAGACAUUAAGCAAACAGAAGAAACCGGCAAACUUGACGAUUGCCCAUUUUCAAAAAGCAGAACACAAGUUCUUCAAUCUACUUGGAUGGAGGUGCUGAAGAGCGACCAAACUAACCCUCGAAGUACAGACAAUUUUCUUGAGCUUGGCGGAGACUCAUUUAGUGCUGUUUUCCUGGUAUCAAAACUUCAAAGAGCGUUAAACAUCGAGAUCAGUGUCAUCGACGUGCUAAAAUAUCCGAAGUAUGGCGAUUUUCACAACCUUAUUCUACAAGCUCCAAUAAGCAAUAAAGCCGAUGAAUGCAAAAGCAUGGACAUGCGAUGCACACCACUUUCUGCCGCUCAACAACGCAUGUUAAUAAUGCAGGAAUCUGCGCCUGAUUCCACAGCUUACGUUGAAACCGUAGCACUCUACACAAGCGAGAAACUAUGUCCAUCCGAGAUAUUUGCGUCAUUAGUAAAGCAGCACCCAAUACUAAAAGCCAAGUUUGAAUUUUCCGAUGAAAGUCUGUUUUAUGUAAUGAGUACGCAUGAAAACCUCGACACUGAUACUGAACUUGAAUCGGUGGAAAAUCUUAAGACAGCCAGUGAAUAUCUGACGCAAUCGAUUCCACGCAUCAAGGUGCUAUCAAGUCCCCUCGUGAGAUUUCGACAUUUGGAAGCAGGAGGAUUAACCAUACUUGCCUUACAUAUUCAUCAUGCCAUUGUUGACGAAACUACUUUGAGUAACAUUUCAAACGAUCUUGAAAAGUUGAUUCAUGGUCAAACCCUACAUUUUCAAUCUGGAAAAGAACUUUGUGACCCCAUUGUUAACCUCCAGGAUAACCUUUCUUCAAUUCAGCAGAAAUCAAAUGAACAGUAUUGGGCUGAAAACUUCAAAAUUCUGCCUCCAGAAAUCAGUUUAGCCAUAUUACCUCAAACGCAGGCCUUGUGGAAGGACACAGUCGUAUACAGAGCUGAACAGAGUAGAUUUCCAAUCGCCGAUAAAGUGGUGAACAACAUCAUCAAAUAUUGUCAAAGUAUGGGGAUAACACCAUUUCAGUAUUUCCUCGCGUGUGCUUUGAUAAUCCUACAACGAUAUCUUGGCGUGGAUGAAGUAACACUCGCAAUACCCGUAACGACACGAACAGAUGUUAGUCAAUAUACUGAUGGACUUUUUGUUAACACAGUUUUAUUUAGAUGUCCAAUAUAUUGUAGUAUGUCCUUUGAAAGCUACAUGAAAACAGUUGCUGAACGAUGGAUGCAAACUCUUCGACACGCACAAUACCCAUUUGACGAGCUUGUGAAGAUUCUGACGAAAGAACACAAGAAAGCUCCAAGUUCCUUCUGUAGCAUAAUGUUUAACUUUACCUCCAAAGUAAGACCAGCCAGUGCUUUAGAAGUGCAAUCUAAACAUGCCAAAAUGCCUCUUUCCCUUGAUGUCCUCUACAAUGAAAAAGAAGGGACAAGCGAAGUUGUGGUGGAAUGGGCAUCUGAAUUAAUCGACGAUGGGGUGGCCAAGAGACUUGCUGAUGGAUUAGUAAAUGUUCUAUGUGAAACUCUUAAAGCACCGGAUACUUUGCUGUGUAAAAUCAACGCAUUGUCUCCUCUCGAACAGAAACUCGUGCAGUCAUUCAGUCAAUUCAGCGAAGAAAACAUAACUGAUAGUCACCCAAUCCAGGUCUUGUUCGAAGAACAUGCAGCACUUAAUCCCGACGCCACAGCUAUUUCCUGUAAUGGUUCCACAGUAUCCUACGCACAGUUAAAUAGAAUGGCUUCAAGCAUAGCUUGCGCCCUUUCUGGAAAAUUCACCCAAGCUGCACUGAAGAGCAGACCUAUCGUAAUUGCCAUGAAGAAAGACGAAUACACCAUUGCUUCAAUCCUAGGAAUUUGGAAGGCUGGUGGGCACUUCCUACCCGUUGCCUCAAAUUUGCAAAGUGUUCUGAAACAAAUUCUAGAAAGAUGCAAACCACUUGCAGUUAUCUUCAACAUUUUGUUGGAAGUAAACAAAGAAACGUGCCCCAUGUUUAACAUCAAAGAUCUGGUAAAUUACCCUUCAGAAAAUUUCUUAACAUCACAAGAAGUGACUAAUAGCGAUGACCAUGCUUACAUAAUAAGAACAUCUGGAUCAACUGGAGAACCCAAACAAUGCAAGAUUUCACACAAAAGCCUGAAAAUAAUUGCACAAGCGUGGACCAAGAAGUACCAGAUGACCAAGUUUUGUGUGAGAGUCCUGCAGUGGGCACCUAUUUCUUUUGAUGUGUUUAUUGGUGAUGUUGUUAGGGGCCUUAUGAGUACCUCUGGCCAGCUGAUAAUUUGUCCAGACCAAUUCCGCUUAGAUGUUUUUUAUAUCUUGAAUCUCAUAAAGAAACAUCAAAUCACCAUGGCAGAAGUUACACCCCAGUUUGGUCUGCAACUUGUUGAAAAUAGCGCUAGAGAUGACUUGGAAUCGCUCACCCUUUUAGUACUUGGAUCUGAUGUACUUCAAAAUCAUGUAUUCCAAAAAAUUAAAUCUGUCAUGAAGAAAGAACAAAGAGUAAUCAACAGCUAUGGAAUGACGGAGGCAACUAUCGAUUCUUCGUUCUACGAAGGGCCCGUGGUCUCGAAGACCAGAAGCGGAACAAUGCCCAUAGGAAAACCACUACCAGGUGUAACAUUCCACAUUCUCGAUACAAAAACACGCCUUCCAUGUCCAAUAGGUACGAUUGGAGAACUGUACAUCAGCGGAAAUGUCUUAGCUUCAGGUGAUGUUGAGGUCACCCAGCUUAACGAAACAUGUCUCGCGCUUAAGACUGGUGAUUCUGCUUGCUGGUUGCCAACCGGUGACGUUGACCUAAUCGGCAGACUGGACAGCGUUGUCAAACUACGUGGUUUCAGAAUAAGCACUCAUGAAAUAGAGAACAAGGUAGCCGCUCUCGUCAAAGGAGUACGGGAAGUAUAUGUUGUGCCAAUGCUUAACGAAGUAGACCAGUCUCAUGCCGCAAGUGAAUUUUUGUGUGCAUUUUUAGUACUCGAGAACGACGACAACGAGGAAGGGAUAGACUCAAAUGCCAUACGUCACAAGCUACAUGCUCACCUUCCAUAUUACAUGGUACCUGACAUUUUCCAUGUUAUUGACAGGACACCACUUACGGCGAAUGGUAAGAUCGAUUUUCAAGCUCUUCCAAGCAUAUCUCAGCUACUUGAGCUAAAUUCUGUGAUACCAACUACACAAAGUUCCUUCAAUCUUUCUGCUACAGCUGCCUUGCUAAAAGAAUUACUUGGUGAGGCUCUUGGAUUACCAGACUCCAGUAUAAUCAAUCCUGAACUUACGUUUAUGGAACUUGGUGUGCAUUCUCUUGUCCUGGUGCGGCUUUCAUCUUUGAUUAAACAAAAGUCGUCUUUUGAUGUCGAGAUUGCUGAUCUAUUCUCCUACCCUACGAUAACUGACUUAGCUGAAUACAUUGAUCAUGGCAAAGAGGUUAAUCAUCAAGUAACUUGCAGUAAAGAAGAAGAAAAAACCCAAAUUCAAAAUGAUGAAGAAAUUGCUAUAACUGGUAUCGGCCUGAGGCUUCCACCAAAUAUAACAUCUCUAGCUGAAUUUUGGAGAAUAUUAGACAAGGGCGAAGAUCUAAUUCAAGAAUUUCCGGAACAACGAUCGAAAGACGUGACAGAUGCACUAGACGAAUCGAGUGUGCGAAAGAUUAGAAGAAAUGGAACAUUUAAAGGAGCUUUCUUGGAACGAAUAGAAAUGUUUGAUAGCCAUUUUUUUAAGAUAGCACCCGGUGAGGCAAAGUAUAUGUCACCUGAGCAACGACUUUUUCUUCAAGUAGCAACGGAAGCCUUAGCUGAAGCUAAUGGUCUCUCUAAAUCAAAAGGUGCCAGGAUUGGCGUCUUCGUCGGCAGUUCCGAAGUAGGGUAUACACAUCUUAGCCACCCAGAUGAUGCAGUUUGUAUUUCUGGUUUAUUACCAGGUAUGAUUGCCACCAGAGUCGCGUACCAAUGGGAUCUGAAAGGUCCCACAAUGCUCAUCGACACCGCAUGCUCUUCGUCACUUGUGGCUUUAAAAACUGCGUGUGAGUCCAUUAGAAAUGGCGAAUGUGAAGGUGCAUUGGUUGGAGGAGUUAGCCUUGUCCUGUAUCCCUCUAGAUGUGGAGUGUUUGGACAAACUAGCAUUUUGUCUGAAGAUUUUCAUUGCCGUGCAUUUGACUGCGAUGCAAGUGGUACUGCUGUUGGUGAAGGAGUAAUGUGUUUGUAUGUUGAGCCAAUCAGUAAAGCUAUCAAAGAAGGAAAGCCCAUUUACGGGCUGAUAAAAGGUGCUGCGUCUAACAGUGUCGGCCAUGGAAAUGGUAUAACAGCACCGACAGCAGUCUCUCAACAAAUGGUGAUUCAAGAUGCCUUGACAGCCGCUAAAGUACUGCCAUCAGAUAUUUCAUUCCUCGAAGCACAUGGCACUGGAACCAACCUAGGUGACAGAAUAGAGCUAUCGGCUCUUUCAGCAGUUUUUAGUGGGGAAAACACUAUAGCAAAACUGCCUAUUGGAUCUGUUAAAUCCAUAUUUGGCCACUUAGACUCAGCUGCUGGUAUGAUUGGCGUCUUUAAGAUUCUGGCAUCAUUUAUGGCAAAGAAAAUUGGCCCAAACGCAAAUUUCAACACACCAAAUUGCGAGCUUGAAAACUCUACGAUGUAUGUCCCUUCAAAAAGUGUUGCAUGGGAAAUCAAAGACUCGAAUGGAAGAAUAGCUGGCAUUAGUUCCUUUGGUCUUACAGGCACGAACUGUCAUGUUAUCAUACAAGAAUGUAAUGGAACAACUGAACGUCACAACAGUGCUUCCAGCGAAGCAUCAAUGCCUUUGCUGUUUAGUGGCAGAAGCAUACAACACAUCUUAAAGCAGAUUUCAAAGUACAUGAUUUAUUUGAAAGAUUCAGUAAUCUCAACAUCAGAGAUUUCACUCCUCUCUUUGUGUGUAACAAUCGCUAGAAGGUUGAAAGAUGUAUCCGACGCUAAGAUGGGCCAUAUCGAUUAUCGCAUGGCAAUUACCGAGACAAAACCCGAGAAAGUACUUAGCAUCAUGGAAGUCGCGAAUUCUUUACGAAACAUAAAUGAUGUGGUGAUGUUUGCUAACUUGCGCAGCGAUGUUCACCUCUACGGCCCAGAAAAUACUCAAAUGCAUUGUCAAGACUCUUAUCUUAGAGAUUUUUUGGUGCAUGGAACUAUUGAGCUUGAUGGUCUUUUCUCUUGCGACACAAGCCAGAUAAAGUCUGCAAAAGGAGUAUCCUUGGUAAUGUACGAUGAAGAAAGACACUGGCUGGAUGCAUGUGUAAAGAAUACACUACUCACACAACCCUCCGGUUUGGUUGAUUUACUUCAAAAGAAGAUAGAAGAAACCAGAGAAUUGACUCGAACGCUACCAUUAUCUCCAACGGAGGAACUCAACCGCAUGCAAGGAAAGUUUUGCGCCGCCCUAAUAAUCAAGUUUUUAAAAGUCACAAAUAUUGCAGGAUACUUAAGUGAUGAUAAAGAAAUUUCAAGCAGAGAUGCAUUUCUGCUCACUGGGAUGCACAAGAAAUAUGAAAAACUCUUCUUUGUGAUGAUAAGGGAGCUUUGUAGAAACCACCUGGUUAGAGCAACUGGAUGUGACCAAUCGAUCGGGUAUUUAGAUUCUUUCAAGUUUGAGUGCGAACACGUCUUACAAACUGAUCCAGAAGUCAUUGCUAAUGCUGCUAUCGAAAAGUUUCCACCAUGGGCUGACUGCUUCAGAUUUCCUCUUUACUGUUCACAACACUUUGAGGACGUCCUUGUUGGCAAGAUGAGCCCGCUAUCCGUGAUCUACCCACAAGGAAAUCUUAACUUCAUGUAUCAGUUUGACAAGCUUGGAGACUUACUUGGCGAUGUUUACUACAACAUGUAUAUGCAAAUAAUUGCAGAGUAUGCAAAGCAGUUGUCAAGUCAAAGAAACACUGUUAGAGUUUUAGAGGUUGGCGCCGGUGUGGGCUAUGUGACAAGACAGCUUCUGCCGAAAAUGAAAGAUAUUCCCAAUAUCGAAUAUUGGUUUACAGAUCUCGGAAAGGCGUUUGUAGAACGUGCCAAAAGUCUUUUUCCAGAGUAUCUUCACAUGAUGAAAUUAGCCACGUUUGACAUAACUAAGAGUGCCCCAAAGCAGGGUAUACUAGGAUCAUUUGAUAUCGUCAUUUCCUACAACGUAAUUCACACGACAGAAAGCAUCAUCAAAUCAGUUGCAAAUCUAAAAUCCUGUCUUGGUGAGGAAGGCACACUCUUUAUCAUUGAAAGCGCAAGAAACGAUACAUGGGCAACCCUUGCAUGGGGACUACUCGAUGGAUGGUGGUAUUUCAAGGACUAUGAUCUUAGAUCAGCUGAGCCAAUGUUGGAGGCGGAUAAAUGGGAAGCAGUUUUAAAAGACAUUGGCUUCGGUUCUAUAUGUACUUGCCCUGUCAAUGAGGAUGAACGCAGGCACGUCGAAAAAUGUUUGUUUGCAUGCAGUAACAAACAAUUUGAACCGUCAGAGUUGGUACGUCCUGGAUGGUGGGAGACCGAUGCCCAUAGAUUCAACCCUUAUCAGGAAUACAACGAUCCAGAAGACAUGGGGUCUAUCAACAAUGACAUUGAAUCAAACAAAGUGGACGAACAAAAUAAAGAAACAGCUGUAUACCAAGAGCUAAAAAUGAUUUGGUCUAAAUUACUUGGAAUUGACAACAUUCAUUUUGAUGACGACUUCAACUCCCUUGGCGGAGAAUCCUUAUUGGCAAUUCAGAUGAUGAGACUUGUUUGCCAACGCAUAGGCUUUCAGUUAGAAAUUGCAGAUACAUUUGGCUAUCCAACACUUGGAAGUCUUGCUGCUUUCAUUGCUGAUAACCUACCAGAAAACCCGGUAGCAGAGUUGUCUGGACCCGAUCAACGAUGUGUGUCUUCGUCCACAGGAGCAGCAGGAGUGUUGGCUUCGAAACCUAAUACUUUAGUGGAAACCAAAUCAAUUGGAGUAUUAGAUGUGGCAUCUGAGAAACGUUUGCACCAUGCCAGGGAAGCGAAGGAACGAAGAACGAUGAUCAUGUUCCCUGGUCAAGGAGCACAGAAGAGGGACAUGUGUAUAUCGAUGAAGAAUUCUCCAGAAGCAAGAGCAGUGUUUUCUCGAGCUGAGCAAAUUUUAGGUUAUAAUGUGCUGGAAUUGUUUUUGGACGAUGACACAAAAUUCGAAGAAAAACUGAAAUCCACGGAGUUCGUUCAAGUGUCACUCUUUUUGAGCUGUCUCGCUAAAGUUGAACAAUUGAAAGUUGAAAGACCAGAUCUUAUAGACGAUAUCACUUGCAUUGCAGGGUUAAGUGUCGGAGAAUUUGCAGCUCUAGUUUAUUCUGGCGUCAUGAGCUUCGAAGACGCUUUGCGGAUUGUACAAGAACGAGGUAGAGCAAUGGAAACAGAAGUCAGAAGUACAGCAAGCGGAAUGGUCAGUGUAUUGGGUCCUACGAGUGAGGAGCUUGAGGUAUACCUCAAAGACAAUUUUCCAGACAUGAAAAUAUCUACUUACCUUGCUGAUAACCAGCACACCGUGGCAGGCAGGGAAGAAGAUUGUCUUUCUCUUGUAAAAGUGUUGUCCUUAAAAGAAAACCAGUCGAAUAUCAUUGACGUCAGGAAGCUGCGAGUUGCUGGAGGAUUUCAUUCUGAUUAUAUGAGAAACGCGGAAAAGAGGAUUACUCCUCUGAUACAGAAAGUCAGUUUCUCCAAGCCGUCCAUACCAGUCAUCAUGAACGUGAAUGCAGAGGUAGUUGAUGACCCACAAAAAAUCCAAACAUUGGUUUGCCAACAGCUGGUUUCACCCGUUCAGUGGAGGAAUACCGUUAUCACAGCCUACAAGUUAGGAGUACGCAAUUUCGUCGAGAUUGCACCGGCUCGUGUCCUCUCGUCGAUUGUGAAGAAUAGAAUUGAACAAUGUAAAGACUGCACAACUGAACUGAUAAAAGUAUAAUCAUGUUGCUGAUCAUGAACAAAUCGCAUAAUACAUUAUUUACUGAAAUAGGUUUAGAUUAACAUGUUUUAAAAUUCAACCUUAUAUAUCGUAUAUUGCAUUAUUAAACUAGGUUUAGAUUAUCAGGUUUUAAUUAGGUCCAACGUAAUAUGUCGUAUAUUAAAUUAUUACUAGACAAGGUUUAGAUUAACAGGUUUUAAGCUUCUGCGUUAUAUAUCGUAUAUUACAUUAUUAUAUACUGGGAUUAGGUUUAGAUUAACAGGUUUUAAGCUCUAGGUUUAGAUUAACAGGUUUUAAGCUCUAGGUUUAGAUUAACAGGUUUUAAGCCUUUGCGUUAUAUAUCGUAUAUUACAUUAUUAUAUACUGGGAUUAGGUUUAGAUUAACAGGUUUUAAGCUCUAGGUUUAGAUUAACAGGUUUUAAGCUUCUGCGUUAUAUAUCGUAUGUUACAUUAUUAUAUACUGGGAUUAGAUUUAGAUUAACAGGUUUUAAGCUUCAACGUUAUAGAUAGUAUAAUACAUUAUUAAACUAGGUAAGCGGAUGACCAGGUUUAGUGCACACCCAUAAUUUACAUGCAUAAUCUUAAAUUAAUAAUGAUUGAUAAUUAAAUACGAUGGUGUUAAAAUGGGCAUUCCACAUAUAGCUGGUAAUUAUACUUUGAAUAAAGAGUCACAUUUCUGGCAAAAAAAAUGAGCCCAAGAAA